AUGGAUUGCAGAGAAGUUACAAAUGGAAGGAAACCUUAUAUCCCUCCUCGAGAAGUGGAUGUUCAAGUGAAAUAUUCGAUGCCACCACAAAAAUUGGAGAUCUUUAAGUCCUUAGAAGGAUGGGCUAAUGAUAACUUGUUGGCUUACCUAAAACCUGUUGAGAAAUCGUGGCAGCCGACUGAUUUCCUCCCUGAAGCCGAGUCAGAAGGAUUCUUUGACCAAGUGAAGGAGUUAAGAGAAAGGUGUAAGGAGCUUUCUGAUGACUACUUUGUAGUGCUUAUUGGUGAUAUGAUCACAGAGGAAGCACUUCCGACUUAUCAGACCAUGAUUAAUACAUUGGAUGGGGUUAGGGAUGAGACGGGAGCGAGUCCUACUCCUUGGGCAGUGUGGACGAGGGCGUGGACAGCGGAAGAGAAUAGGCAUGGUGAUCUUCUUAACAAGUAUCUUUAUCUGUCUGGACGAGUAGACAUGAGGCAGAUUGAAAAGACAAUUCAAUACUUGAUUGGUUCUGGAAUGGAUCCAAAAACUGAAAACAAUCCUUACCUGGGUUUCAUCUACACUUCUUUUCAAGAAAGAGCUACCUUCAUCUCCCAUGGAAACACUGCCAGACUGGCGAAGAAUCUUGGAGACUCGAAACUUGCGCAGAUUUGCGGCACCAUUGCUGCUGAUGAGAAGCGCCAUGAAACUGCCUACACCAAGAUUGUAGAAAAGCUCUUUGAGAUUGAUCCUGACAGCACAAUCAUGGGUUUCGCUGACAUGAUGAAGAAAAAGAUCUCAAUGCCUGCUCAUUUGAUGUAUGAUGGUCGCGAUGAUAAUCUGUUUGACCACUUCUCGUCUGUGGCCCAGAGGCUUGGUGUCUACACUGCCAGAGACUAUGCUGAUAUACUGGAAUUUCUUGUGCAACGAUGGAAUGUGGAGAACUUAUCAGGCCUUUCUGGCGAAGGACACAAGGCUCAGGACUAUCUCUGUCGGUUGCCUGCUAGGAUCCGCAAACUCGAAGAGAGGGCUCAAGGAAGAGCCAAAGAAACUGCAAGAAACAUACCCUUCAGCUGGAUUUUCGGUCGAGAGAUCAGGGCAUAA